GCAGCGCAUGCGCAGUGGGCCAUGUGUCCGGCACGUUGGAGCAGCUGUAAAUCAGCAGCGCAGAGUUUAUAGAUGAUUUAACCCCUUUUAUAGAGUAUUAUUACCCCCGGAAUACCACUAAUAUCCCCCCACACAGACUCAGCAUGCCACCCACGGUCCACUACAGCACUGAGACAGGAAGUGGAGGAGGUGUAGAAGCUGAGCUCAGAGAGCUGAUCCAGAAGCGGAUUCUGGUGCUGGAUGGUGGGAUGGGAACGAUGAUCCAGCAGAGGAAGCUGGAGGAGGAGGAUUUCAGAGCUCAGGAGUUUAAAGAUCAUCCGAAGAGCCUGAAGGGAAACAACGACCUGCUGAGCAUCACCCAGCCUGAGGUCAUCUACAGCAUCCACAAGGAGUAUCUGCUGGCCGGUGCUGAUAUCAUUGAGACCAACACGUUCAGCGGUACAAGGGUUGCUCAGGCUGAUUAUGGACUGGAAGAACUGGCGUAUCGGUUAAACAAGGCGUCAGCAGAAGUGGCCAGGAAGGCUGCAGAUGACGUCGCUGCUCAGACAGGGGUGAAGCGAUACGUUGCUGGAGCCGUGGGUCCAACCAACAGAACCCUGUCUGUUUCUCCAUCAGUAGAGAGACCGGACUUCAGAAACAUCACGUUUGAUGAGUUAGUGGAGGCGUACUCGGAGCAGGUUCGAGGGCUGCUGGAUGGAGGCUGUGAUAUUCUUUUAGUGGAGACCAUCUUUGAUACGGCUAAUGCAAAGGCCGCUCUGUUCGCUAUUGAUCUGCUGUUUGAGGAGUCUUAUGAACCGAGACCCAUAUUUAUUUCUGGAACCAUCGUGGAUAAGAGUGGUCGUACUCUGUCGGGUCAGACUGGAGAAGCCUUCGUCAUCAGUAUGUCUCAUAUGAAGCCCAUGUGUAUUGGGUUGAACUGUGCUCUGGGAGCCACUGAGAUGAGGCCGUUUAUUGAAGCGAUUGGAAAGAGCACUAGCGCUUUCAUCAUCUGUUACCCAAACGCAGGUCUGCCCAACACAUUCGGAGAUUAUGAUGAAACCCCUCAGGUCACUGCUUCAAAUAUAAAGGAGUUUGCAAUGGAUGGGUUGGUGAAUAUCGUUGGUGGUUGCUGUGGAACAACGCCAGAACACAUACGGGCAAUAUCUGAGAGUGUGAAGCAGUGCUCACCCAGAGUUCCUCAGAAAGACAUCUUCAAUGACUACAUGCUGCUCUCUGGUCUGGAGCCGUUUCGGAUUGGGCCAUACACAAACUUUGUGAACAUCGGUGAACGCUGUAACGUUGCUGGAUCACGCAAGUUCGCCAAGCUCAUCAUGUCCGGGAAUUAUGAGGAGGCGUUGAGUAUAGCUAAAGCUCAGGUAGAGAUGGGGGCUCAGGUGCUGGAUAUUAACAUGGAUGAAGGGAUGCUGGAGGGACCGGCCGCCAUGACGCGCUUCUGCAACCUGAUCGCCUCCGAGCCGGACAUCGCCCGAGUGCCGCUGUGUAUCGACUCGUCGAACUUCGCGGUGAUCGAGGCGGGGCUGAAGUGCUGUCAGGGUAAAUGCAUCGUUAACAGCAUCAGUCUGAAGGAGGGGGAGGAGGAGUUUCUCAAACGAGCCAAUCAAGUGCGGCGCUACGGAGCUGCUGUCGUCAUCAUGGCCUUCGAUGAGGAAGGACAGGCCACUGAAAUCGAUCAGAAGGUCCAGAUCUGUACUAGAGCCUAUCACCUCCUGGUCAGUAAGGUGGGGUUUAACCCCAAUGACAUCAUCUUCGAUCCCAACAUCCUCACUAUAGGCACCGGGAUGGAGGAGCACAACAUGUACGCCAUCAAUUUCAUCAGAGCCACCAGCAUUAUAAAGGAGACGUUACCUGGAGCUCGGGUCAGUGGGGGUCUUUCUAAUCUGUCCUUCUCGUUCCGAGGAAUGGAGGCAAUCAGAGAGGCCAUGCAUGGAGCGUUCCUCUACCAUGCUAUUAAGGAUGGGAUGGAUAUGGGGAUUGUGAAUGCGGGAAAUCUGCCGGUGUAUGAUGAUAUUGAUAAGGAGCUGCUGGUUCUGUGUGAGAACCUCAUCUGGAACAAAGACCCAGAAGCUACAGAGAAACUGCUGCAGUACGCUCAGAAUUAUGCUAAAGGAGGGAAGAAGGUGAUUCAGACAGAUGAGUGGAGAAAAGGAAAUGUGGAGGAGAGACUGGAGUACGCUCUUAUUAAGGGUAUAGAGAAGUAUGUAGUAGAAGAUACAGAAGAGGCUCGAGCACAGACGGACCGUUACCCCCGUCCACUGCACGUUAUAGAGGGUCCGCUGAUGAACGGGAUGAAGACUGUAGGUGAUCUGUUUGGAGCUGGAAAGAUGUUCCUGCCUCAGGUGAUAAAGUCGGCUCGUGUGAUGAAGAAGGCCGUGGGGUAUCUAAUUCCCUUCAUGGAGAAAGAGAGAGAGGAGAUGAUGGCGGCGUCGGGGGAGACCGAGGACACGGAUCCGUAUCAGGGUACGAUCGUUCUGGCCACGGUGAAGGGAGAUGUUCACGAUAUUGGCAAAAACAUUGUGGGUGUCGUUCUGGGAUGCAACAACUUUCGGGUGAUUGAUUUGGGGGUGAUGGUACCGUGUGAUCGAAUCCUGAAGGAGGCGAUUGAGAAGAAAGCAGAUGUUAUCGGUUUGUCUGGUCUCAUCACGCCGUCUCUGGAUGAGAUGAUUCAUGUUGCGAAGGAGAUGGAGCGCCUGAGUUUGAAGACGCCUCUGCUGAUUGGAGGAGCCACAACAUCAAAAACCCACACGGCGGUGAAGAUCGCCCCCCGCUACAGCUCGCCGGUGAUCCAUGUUCUGGAUGCGUCUCGCAGUGUAGUAGUGUGCUCUCAGCUGCUGGACGAGGGGGUGUAUGAGGAUUAUUUUGAGGAGGUAACGGAGGAGUAUGAGGACAUCAGACAGGAGCACUACGACUCUCUCAAGGAAAGGCAUUACCUGUCUCUGGCUCAGGCGAGGGAUAAAGGUCUGCAUGUUGAUUGGCUCGCUCAGCCGACACCAGUCCGGCCGCAGUUCCUGGGAACCCGUGUGUUCGAGGCGUAUGAUCUGAGGAGGCUGGUGGACUUCAUCGACUGGAAGCCCUUCUUUGACGUUUGGCAGCUCAGAGGGAAAUAUCCCAACAGAGGAUACCCCAAAAUCUUCAAUGACAAAACCGUGGGAGUGGAGGCCAGGCGUGUGUAUGAUGAUGCUGUGGGGCUGUUGAACAGGCUGAUUAACAGUAAGGGUCUGGAGGCGAGGGGUGUGGUGGGAUUCUGGCCGGCACAAAGCCAAGGUGAUGAUAUUCUACUGUUCGCUGAUAAUGAUGUCACACCUACCUCGACCAAUCCCGUCGCUACUUUCUACGGCCUCAGACAGCAGGCGGAGAAGGACUCAGCGAGUUCGGACCCGUAUCUCUGUCUGUCGGACUUCGUGGCGCCGCUGCAGAGCGGAGUGCGGGAUUAUGUGGGGCUGUUCGCUGUGGCUGUAUUCGGUGCAGAAAAGCUCAGCCGGGACUUUGAGCGUAAGGGAGACGAUUACAGCAGCAUCAUGGUGAAGGCUCUCGCUGACAGACUGGCUGAGGCGUUUGCUGAGGAACUACAUGCCCGGGUUCGGCGGGAGCUCUGGGGGUACAGUAACGAGGGGGAUCUGCCCGCCAGUGAGCUGCACAAGCUCCGAUACGCCGGCAUCCGUCCUGCUGCUGGAUACCCCAGCCAGCCUGACCACACCGAGAAACGCACCAUGUGGAGCCUCGCCAACAUCCAGGAGAAAACCGGUAUUGGUCUGACUGAAUCUCUGGCUAUGACUCCUGCUGCUGCUGUAUCUGGACUUUACUUCUCCAACCCCAAAUCCAGCUACUUCGCUGUGGGCAAGAUCACCAAGGAGCAGGUGGAGGAUUACGCCAGGAGGAAGGAGAUCUGUGUAAGCGAGGCGGAGAGAUGGCUCGCCCCCAACCUGGGAUACGACACCGACUGACCUGCAGCAUCUUCCCCAGACCUCAGAGAACCUCAGAACCAGAGACACAGAGCUGAUAUACGGGAGUCUGAUACAUGCAGAAGAACUGAAACAGUGGAGAGAUGCUGCUCAGAAGCUUCGUGGAGCUCUGAGAGCGAAAGAAAAACUAUAUACUAAAAAAAAUAAAAAGCUCCGCCUGUUUACACACUACACCAGUUCCUCACUGCAACUCUACUGAUCUUUAUUACUGAUUCUAAAUGUACGGUUAGUUUGCUUAAAGAAGAACUCUGGUGUAAAAUGGACUUUUGUUGUAGUAAAACAUGAUAAAAAAGUACUUAUCUUUGACUGUUCUCCCACAGCGUUCCGAAAUCGUGUUUUUUAUUUUGCAGUUUGUCCAAAUAUGCUUUAGUAUGGAUGAUAUGGGGCAUAUUUUGCCCCUGAAGAUAAAUCGCUUUUUACACUGUUAUCCAGCUCCACACCUCACUGGUAGAAUCCAGAGACCUUUGACAUUUAAAACAGACAUGAAUAACUUUAAAACUGCACAAGAAGUUUAUUAAAAAACACUUUUUACAUCCAGUAGCGUAACCUUAAGAUGGCAGCACCCGGAGAUUGUUACGCUACGGGUUGAAAACAGUGUUUUUAAUGAGCUUCUUGUGCACUUUUUAAGUUAUUAAUGCCUCGUUUUAAAUGUCAGGGCUCUCCAGAUUCUACCAAUGAGGUGUGGAGCUACUUUGAAAUUGGAUAACGGUGUAAAAACUGCAAUUUAUCUGCAGGGGAAAAAUUAUGCCCCAUAUCAUCCAAUCUAAAGCAUGUUUGGACAAACUUAACAAAAAAAAAAUUGGAUCUCAGAACCCUGCGCAAGAGAGGUAUGCUAUUCACCAAAAGUUAGUACUUUUUAUCAUGUUCAACUACACCAAAAGUCAAUUUUACACCAGAGUUCUCCUUUAAGUCUGGUGGACUUUAAGUAUGUGGCUUUUAAUUUACUUUUUAUUUCUUUUAAAUUCUGGUCAGAUUUGGCAAAACCUGUGACGUUUUACCCUUUUGUAAAAUGAACAUUUUAAUAAAAUUCUAUUUUUUGAAAAAAUAAAGAAAAAUACUACAAUGUUUUAAAGUACAGUAUUACAUGGCAAUUGGCCUUAAAAUAAGUGUUUGAGGAAACUUCUCCUUAUAAUGUAAUUUUGCACUUGAUAGACAGUAUUCUGUGAUUGUAACAAUUUGACUAUACCGUAUGUCUUGCUGUCUAACUGCUGUCCAAUCAAUUUCAACUACAAAUGUUUCAUCACUCCCUGAAAAAAUCACUGUAACAACCAUUUGAUCUUUGCAGCGGAUUUUUGGAUGAUGUAAUUGUUUUAUGAAGAACCCAGAAGAGUCCAACAGACUUUGUUUAAAAUUGCUCAGAAUAAAAUCUUGUUACAUUAAAUGUACAAUAA